CAAUGGCGGACUUUCCACCUCGACACUUAAAAGUUGAAACUAAAGAAAACUCACUCACAAUUAAACACUCCCUUUCCAUUCUUUCUCGUUCCAGAAUAAACCCCAAUUUCUCUAUUUUCCCGUGAUUUGACUAUUUCCCAACUCAUUUCUUCAAUUCUUUCGUUUCUUGAUUCUUGCACCACAAAGCUCCAAGCAUCUAAUCUUUUCUUUCCUAAUCCGGUUAUGGGGAAGGUGGCGGUCGGGGUGGCGGUGAUCGGCACCGCGGCGGUGGUGGCUGCGGCGGCACUGCUGGUGCGGCAGCGGAUGAGGAGUUCUGGGAGGUGGGCCCGGACGAGGGCGCUGGUCAAGGAAUUUGACGAGAAAUGUGGGACCCCCGAUGCCAAAUUGAAGCAGAUUGCAGAUGCCAUGACUGUUGAAAUGCAUGCUGGUUUAGCAUCUGAGGGUGGCAGCAAGCUCAAGAUGCUCAUCAGUUUUGUCGAUAAUCUCCCCACUGGAGAUGAGGAAGGAGUCUUUUAUGCACUAGAUCUCGGGGGGUCAAACUUCCGUGUGUUGCGUGUUGAGUUAGGAGGCAGAGAACGCGGUGUUGUCCAUCAGGAAUUUGCUGAAGCAUCAAUCCCCCCUGCGCUGAUGAGUGCAAGCUCGGAUGUGAGGAAUUGAAUUACUUUUAUUUAUGACUACAUUUUAG